UUUAUGCUGCUGUUGGUCCCCAUUGACUUUGCUGUUGCGUGGAGAUACCCGGGGAUCGUCAAGCACGCGCUGGUCGCGGGCGUUGUAUCCUACCAAACGUCCGCUCGAUCCCAAUCUCACGACGCUGGCCUGCUGUAUUUUAUGGAGUUGCAGGUGGCAUAAUAGUUUGUCAUGUCUGUCGAUCCCUUACCUCGCCAGUCUCAAGCCUCCCCGCUCUCGCGAAACCGUUCGAUUCUGUCCAGGUUCACGACGCACUUCGGUCAGCGGAACCGCAACAUCUCAGAUUUCUACGUACAACCGGACGACCCCUGGAAGACAUACUUCCCUGGAGACACGAUAAAGGGGACGGUGGUGCUCACGGUCAUCAAGCCCGUGAGAAUCACUCACCUGGUGAUAUGUCUACACGGGUAUGUUAAGGUGUUCAAGAACACGAUUGCUCCCGGUGAAAAGAUUCCAGACUCUGGAUUUCUCGGUACCGGAAGAGGACGUAGAGGUUCGGAGUACUUGGGGAACGGGUUCGCGACGCUUUUUGAGGACGAAGUGGUCCUUUGCGGGGAUGGCCGUCUCAAGGAGGGGAUAUACAAAUUUCAGUUCGAAAUGGAAUUCCCUCCUCACGCUCUCCCCAGUAGCAUUAACUUCGAACGCGGCACUAUUACCUACAUGCUCACGGCUACCUUGACGCGACCAAGUACGAUUUCUCCUGUUAUGUCGUGCCACAAGAGAGUGAAUAUGCUCGAGAAUAUUGACAUCGCGCCUUUUCCUGCACCAAAGCCCCGGUUAGUCAGUCUAGAGCCGGUCUCCAGGCGGUCAAGAACCAAGUCCAAAGGCCGGAGUCAGUCACUGUCAACAGAUCAGGCUCGGGAACAGCGGUCACCAGAUCAGUCAUCUAGUCUGGCUGUGGCUCACGACCACAGGCCUCCUGUAAGCCCUGCCCCGAGCGAUGUCAGCUCAUCGAGUCGCCUCAGCCAUAGCAGUCAGAGUUUCCAAGUCGUCAGUGAUCCUAGUUCGGUAAAUGGCACCGGGAAGCGCAGCAGCGAUAUCCGCAGUGUCGCAACGUCAGCAUCGGACAAGACGAUUACGGCAACGGCAGAAGUACUACGCGCUGGAGCACUCCCAGGUGAUACGCUACCCAUCAAAAUCACUAUCAACCACAGUAAGCAGAUACGAAGCCCACAUGGCAUUAUUAUCACCCUCUACCGGCAGGGCCGCAUUGACAUGCACCCUGCCAUCCCCGUCGGCCAGCCUGAGGAAGGCAAGAAACCGAUCUACGAGGAUGUCUAUCCCAAGUCCCGCACUGGCCUGGGUGGGUUGAGUUUUGGUACUACACGCUCAAGCAGCGUCUUCCGCAAGGACCUGUCUCAGGCAUUCGCACCACUAAUUGUGGAUCCUGCUACGAUGACUGCACAGAUGAAGAUGUCAAUCAGAGUCCCGGAAGAUACGUUUCCUACCAUAACUCGAGUCCCAGGAGCCAUGAUCAGCUUUCGAUAUUACAUCGAAGUCGUCAUGGAUCUACGCGGGAAGUUGGCAGCUUCAGAUCGCUUCCUCCCGCGGCUCAAUAUGGUCUCCGGAGGAAAAAGCUUCUCUUCAAGCGGACAUGUUGUUAAUGUUCCUGAUAACAAUUCAAACAGCGUUACAGCCAAUUGGGCAGGAAACAUCAUGGACACAGAUCAGAUUCGACGCGAAAAGGGAGUCGUGGCACUCGUUUUUGAGGUUGUGGUCGGAACGCGAGACUCGGGUAGACAUCAGCGUCACCUAGCCGACGAGGAGUUGAACGCAAUGCCCACGAGUGACGAAGACCGACAAGAAUACGAUAAUGACGCCACCCCCGAGGAAGAGUAUGCGCAGCAAAAUUACUACUCGAAUGGCGAUUAUCAGUCACACCAGGAAGAUUACUGGGCCGACUAUCCGACCGACAAUGUCGAGCAGCCUUUCCAGUCCCCGGACCAUAUGGUUAUCCCACCGCCAACACAACCAGAAGAGCCUGUCGAUGAGAAGACUAGACUUCGACGAAUGGAGGAAAUGCUUCUACCAAGCCAACCUCCGGGCGACGCUGCAGCUGGUCCCUCCACGGUGCCCGCACAAGCUCCAACUGCUCCUGACCUUCCUGAUGAAGAUGAGCUAUACGACUACAACCCUCAUCUGCCCGGACAGGCAGUACCCCCUCCACCCACUUUGUCCGUUGAUACCGUCGUUCCCGGUCCAGAUUUGGCAGCCCUCAGCGGAUCAGGUGCCUCUCAUCCUCCGACUGAGGAUAAGCGCGAACUUGAACGGCAACGACUAAUGGCCCAGGCAAGUGCACCAGAAGCAACGGCCGAGGAUAGUCGGCCCGGUCCUUCUACUGAGGCUGCUCCCAGCGCUCCUGAUCUCGACGAGGAGGACAAUAUCUUGAAUGCGGAUGUCGGUACUGAUGAGUCUCUACCACAAUAUCGUCGGUGAAUGGGAGAAGUUUGCAUGCAUUUUCCUGUGUUGUGGCGUUCCAUUGUCGCAUUUAAAUAUAUUGCAUUGGGUUGUUUUUGACUAUACAUGCGGAGAUACCAUAUUUUUUGUUUCGUUAGGUCGGGAGUCACCGCUCCCGCACCGGAUUGGGUCUGGUCCUGGGCGUUGACAGCAGAAAAAGCAGGAAGAUUAAUGUUCUCUAGGAG